AAAAACGUGACUCAUUGUCACAUAAUAUAAACAAUAUGGACUAUUGUCUUCCUUAGAUCAGGGAAUUAGUUCUCAUUUAUUUGUGUUAUGUUGAUAGCAUAUUCAUAUUGCAAGGAAAAAAGUAAAUGGCCAGAACCCGAGCUUUGUUUUGCUAUCUCGUAAUUGGAUAUCCUGUAACGGGUGUGACAUAGGUUAACAGGUGUAUGUAUACGAUAAGGCAGACAUGAAGAGUUAAGGUGCUCUGAAUCUUGUCCGUAAUGGAGGGACCUAAUCGAGACCAGGACUGUGAGGCCAAUGAAAACUCGCCGCUCCUUGAUCCAGGGGAACAGAUGCAAAAUGGAACGUCUUCAGGGCCAUCUGUCGGCGAAGCAGUGAAAGGUUUUACGUUAAGGCGGUCAAUGAUUGUCCCAAUGUGUGCGUGCUAUAUUUUUGCGGGUGGAAUUUUUAUGUAUAUAGUUCCGCAGUACGUUCAAGAAGUAAUGAAAGGCAAUGAUGAGAGAAAGCUUCCGGGGGAAAUUGUGCCACAAAAUAUGUACCUGCUCCAAUCGAAAGGACAUGCUACGUUUAACGCUUGUUCUGAGAACAAAUCAGAUCCAUCGUACGAAAAGUUUACAAAAGUUCAACAGGACACGGCGCGAUGGAUGAUAUAUUUUAACGUAGCCGUUCUACUUCCGGCAAUGUUUGCAAAUCUGGUCUGGACGUCGUAUUCAGAUGUUUUUGGACGAAAGUUUGGGCUUUUUUUGUGUUUGACCAGUCUAACUAUUCGAAUGACGAUUUUCACGAUCGUUGUGUAUUUCAAAUUAAGCUUAGUUUAUGUUAUUAUUGGAAAUAUUAUAGAUGGGCUUGCUGGAACUUAUACCAGUUUUUUUGCGUUGCUAUUUUCAUUUGUCUCCGAUAUAACAUAUCCUGGUAGACAGCGGACGAUCACAAUAGUUGUGUUUGAGUUAGUAGUAGGACUAUCUUUCACUAUUUCCUCACUUGUGUCCGGACAUUUAAUCGAACAAUAUGGCUAUUUUUAUCCUUCCGUGGCUAUUUCGUGCCUUUCUGUAGUUGGAGUUGUGAUUUUGAUAUUCCUAGUCCCAGAAACUAUGCAAAAUAAUCAAAUGCAAGGACAGCGGAGCAGUGUGGUGAAAAGUAUCGCAGAGUCGGUAAAAUUUUAUUUCUGUGAUGGUUCAAAAAUUAAACGCGCAAAAUACAUUUUGCUUAUGCUUGGAUUUUUCUUCUUGGGCAUCCCAGCAUUGAGUCGCAUGUCAUUAGAAGUCUUGUACCAGUUAGGGCGGCCCUUUUGUUGGACAUCAACAAAGAUUGGAUGGUUUGGAGCGGUAAAAAUGGCUGUGUCAUCGCUGUUUGGAAUCGGCGGAGUAUACCUGUUUAAGAGAUGUUUUGCGGAUGAUACCAUUGCAUUUUAUAGUUUGAUCUUUGGUGCUGUUGCCUAUGUUGUAGAAGGGUUGGCAAAGACAGACAUUGUUUUAUAUAGCGUUACUGUGAUAGCUGCUCCUACAGGUCUGUCUUUUCCGAUGAUCCGAAGUUUGAUGUCGUGCCUUACACCUGCUGAUAAACAAGGUGCCAUAUUUGCUAGUAUUGGUUUUGUGGAGACCUUGUGUUCAUUGGUCGGCUCAGUUAGCAACAAUGCCAUUUAUUCAGCCACUUUAACAAUAAUGAAUGGAUUUGUCUUCCUUCUGAUGGCCGGACUAACUUUGAUUGGGGCAUUCUUCGUAUUAUUGUUCAUGAUUGUACAGAGAAGAUAUAAGGAUGCUCCCAUGGAAACAACAAUUAUCGUCACUCCUGGCGUCGACACUACACAUACAGACUGAUGAAUAGGUGUACAUUGAAAACAUGUAUGGAUUAUAAUUUAGUUACGGUGGCAGACCCAUUAUGAAAAUCACCAUUUUCCGUUCAUUUACAUAUUUUCUGUAUUCCAUUUCAGAAUUCCCUGGUUGUUACGGAAGAGCAAAUUUCUGUUAGGGUCAAGGGAUGCCAAAGUAGCAUACUAAGAAUAUGUAACUGCAUGGAAAUGGCCGAGUGGCAUUUCAGGUCCAAUACCUUAAAAAUUACUAGCAAAGCCAUUAUUCAAAGUUAAGGUAUUCUAGUCUGACAAUAGGUAAUUUCUAUAUGAUUACAUAUUCUUGUUUAUGCAAUAUUUAUACAUUCCUCCAUCUGACAAAGAAACUUUCCUCCAUCUGACAAAGAAAUUAUCCUCCAUUUCCUCCAUCUGACAAAGAAACUUUCCUCUGUCUGACAAAGACACUCUCCUCCAUCUGACAAAGAAACUUUCCUCCAUCUGACAAAGAAACUUCCCUCCAUCUGACAAAGAAACUUUCCUCUAUCUGACAAAGUAACUCUCGGGAGAAAGUUCUUUUCUGUACCAUUCAGUCCUGCAUACCAGUGGUUAAUCACGGUUCCCAAGACUAGGUAUUCUGACUAACUACUGCUGAAUAAAAAUGGAGUGAUAAUACACAUUUUUUUGUGUAUUAAUGUCUGCAGAAGCCUGCGGGAUUGCUUGUGACCGAGACCGAGACCCAUUAAUACAUGGGCGAAUCCAGUGAAAAAAAGUAGUUUUUAUGCAAGAAUAGUACGAUUUAGUACGCUCAAAAUUGCUGUUGAUGGAUAUGUCAUAGGUUAUUAGAUUUGUAUUGUGAAGUAUGCACAAGUUCUGCAGCAGAAAUAUUGUGCGACGCCCAGAUUGCAGAAUUAUUCCAUGAAAGGACAAGUGCAUAUUUUACAAGGCAAAUCUAAUAUUCUAUAAAUAUCUGUUUGAUUACAGUAAAAGUAGAAAUUUUCUUGAGGGUUUAAUUUUCACUAUAUUCGCGAGACCCUUCAUCUCAUGAAAAUUAAUCUUUGCAUAAAUAUUCACCAUUAGUAUAAUACAAAUUCAAGUAGGAUACCAUUUUCACAAUAUCCUGAAUAUUAAAGCUCACUAACAUACUAAAAAAUUCAAAUUCGCAAAAUUUGGAACCAGCAAAAAUUUUUGUUAUUAGUGUACAUA